UGUAAAUCCAUCUUCAAGUUCAACAAUGCCAUUUUCUUUCUUUCAUCUUCUUUUCUGCAUUACCGUAAUAUUUUCUGAAGUCCAUGCAGUACAUGAGCAGCACUUUCAGCAUGCUUCGAAAUCGGAAUCUAAGUCUAACGUAACGCUUUUCGUGUUCGGGGACUCGUACGUAGACACCGGUAAUUGGAGAAAAUCCGUCGGAGGUUCGUGGAAGGAGCCAUACGGCAUCACUUUUCCCGGCAAACCAUCAGGCCGGUUCUCGGAUGGUCGAGUCCUCACUGAUUACAUAGCAUCAUAUUUGGGGACAAUAACUCCAACAGCUUACCAAUGGAGGAAAGGGGUGAAGAGAUCAAAUCUCAAAUAUGGUAUGAAUUUCGCAUAUGGUGGGACGGGAGUGCUGGAUACACCGGUGAAUCAACCCAACAUGACCACCCAAAUCGAUUAUUUUCAACGUUUGAUUCGAGAAAAAGUGUACAAAAAGCAGGAUCUCGACAACUCGGUGGCCAUCGUCUCCGUCGCCGGCAAUGACUAUGCUGCUUAUCUUGCUAGGAACGCCGAUGAUGAUCUCCGGAAAUUGCCUGCCUUCACUAAAACGAUAAUGAAGCAGUUGGGCAUAAACUUGGAAAGAAUCCAAGGUUUAGGAGUGAAAAGAAUAGCAGUUACACUGAUUGAGCCAAUGGGAUGCGUACCUGUACAAGCUGCCUCUCUGUCGUAUACAAAUUGCAGUGAAGUUUUGAACAUAGGAUCAAAGUUGCACAACCAAAUGCUGCAGCAAGCUCUCAAAAACUUGAAUGAUAAGACCAACUCAACACUUUUCGUCACCCUUGAUCUCUACGAUGCUUUCAUUUCGGCUCUAAACAAGCUCACAAAGCGUGCAUCAGCAAGUUCAGGAAUGAAGAAUCCAUUGAAGCCAUGCUGUGACGGAAAAGAGAAGGGGAAAUAUUACUGUGGGAGUGUGGAUGAGAGUGGGGCAAAGCAGUAUAGUAUUUGUGAGAACCCAAACUUGUCACUGUUUUGGGACACCGUCCAUCCUUCGCAGAAUGGUUGGCGUACAAUUUUCUCCUCUCUACGAUCUUCACUCCACAAACUCAUCACCUAGUUAAUUUUCUAAAGUAUAUCCAUAUAUAUACUUUUCUAAAGCAUAUUAAUUUAU